AUGGCGCUCCCAGCCACUACGCAGAUCGCGGUUCUACUGUCCAUCUUCAUCUUGCCUAUUCUUACAUAUAUCUACUUCACGAGGAACCAGCAAGCAAAGAGCACUGUUGGGCCUUUACCACCAGCGACUGAGAUCACGGGCCUCUUCAUACACCCGAUCAAAUCAUGCCAUGGUUUGUCUGUGAAGUCAGCCAAGCUCUUGCCGACAGGUCUUGAUCUGGAUCGGCAAUGGAUGUGGGUGAGCUACCCAAACUACGAGUUUCUGACGAUCCGCCAAAACUCUAAAAUGACACUCAUCCGGCCAACCUACGACGAGAAGACUGAUACCCUCACCGUCACUGCACCAGCGCCGAACUCGAUGGAUGAGAAGCUAGAGUUCUCUAUCCCGGCUCAUCCGUCGAAAGAAUGGCUCGACGAGAACACCGAGGAGCACUCGGCAAAGAUAUGGAGCACUACGACGGGAACUCGCGUGUACUCUACCAAGAUGACCGGUCCGUUUAACAGCUUCUUCGACAAAGAGGUGCGACUCGUGUACAAGCCUCCAGUUUCCGAGGACCCCAGACCGCUCGUAUCGAACGGUGCACCAAACGUCUUAGGAAGAGAUGCAUCAACUUGUUUCCCAGAUCUGAUGCCUGUGCUAGUCGGCAAUCAAAGCAGCAUCGACGAACUCAACACACGCCUCAAAGCUGCAGAGGACUUCACCAUUGAUGUUCGCCGGUUCAGACCGAAUAUCCUCGUCAAAGGUGAUGCCAACGCGCCCUGGGACGAAGAUCGCUGGAAGACUGUCAGAAUCACACCUGAGGCUGGCGAAAAACCAAUUGUCCUAGACAUCACCCAGCGAUGCGCGCGCUGUCAGGUGCCAAACGUACACCCUGAUUCAGCCGAGAAGCACAAGACGCAGCCCUGGGAUGCGCUGAUGAAAUAUCGGAGGAUCGACGAGGGAAUUACAUACAAGCCUUGCUAUGGUAUGCUGGCUGUACCGAAGACAGUCGGGGAUAUCAGGGUCGGGAUGAAGUUUGAGGUUACAGAGGUUACAGACAAGCAUCGGUAUAUCGCGGGGUUCUAA